AUGAGAGCAUAUGGAAGGAGGGGUCCAGUUUUUAGAUCCUCUUUAAAAUCUAAUAGAGGAUCGUCAUCGUCUUCUAAUGUGGAAUUUAGCGAUGAUGAUGUGAAUUCUAUUAUUCCCGACUUAAGUUCUACUAUGUCUAGCAGUAUAGCAGAUCAUCCAGUUGAAGUAUUUUUGGAUAAACAUGACCCUGGUGAGCACGCCUCAACUUCAUUUGUUAAUAUCAAUGAAGAUGCCCUUUCACAGAACUCAAAGGAGAGUAUACAGGAUGUUAAAACUAUCACUAGUGAUGAUACUUCUUUGGUCCUUAUGAAGAAGGAGAAGUUAAGCGCAUUCGAUUUUCUUGAUGGUUCAAAGACCUCUAAAAGAAAGAAAAGGAGGACAUACCAACGGCACGACACAAGCAUAGAGUCGUCAAUCGAAUUGAAUGGACAAGAUGAAGACGGUGUUAUGACGCAAAAUGAAUCAGAAUCGGCAAAACAAAUAUACAAUGAUAUCAACGAGUUUAUAUUAAACCUACCGAAGGCGGACGAUGAUGUAUUUAAUAAAAUGUUCGAGAAUGAAUUGAAGGAAGAUAACGUUGAAGAAGAAGAUACGAGUACUCUUAAAAACAGAAAAUAUGGAAAAUCUCGAACCAUCUUAAUAAACAAAAAUAAAGAUGAUGAAAUAGCGGAAGAAGAGGACGAUGAUCAGAGAGCUAACACGAUAAUUAAAAACAACGGUGACAGCAGCAACACUGAAAAAGAAGGGCUGUCUUCAACAAAUCACUACAAUGAGUUAAAAAAUAUGGGAGAUACAAUCAAAUAUCAAGACGAUAUUGAGUUUUUCUUAUCGAAUUCUAAAAAUGACAAUAACGAUGAACAGUCAAUUAACGAUUACUUCAAAAUACUUCUGAAUUUAUCUCUGAUGAUAGUUAAUGAUGACGGAUUUUUCCAAUAUGCGAAAAGAUAUUUCAAAAAAGAAGUAAUCAAGCUUGUUUUUUCACGAGUAAAAUUAGAUUUUGCUGAACUGUUAUUAUUACAGGGCUAUUUAUUAAAUAAGGUCAGUGAAUCUCAAUGCGAUUUCCCCUCUAAUUUUGAAGUUUUUUCUAUUGAAUUAAGUCGAAAUACCAGCAAAGUAAGCAAAAGAAAUAAACAUAUGAAUAAGCUAUCCUCCUUGAAUUUCGAAGAUUUUCUUCGUAAAACCCAUUUUAAAACGGGGCUUUCCUAUUCAUUAUCACUUUGGAGCAUAUAUGGGAAAUUUUCGAAAGAUAUAGUAAAGAGAAUUUCUACUGUAGCUUCGGACAGGUAUUUGUUCAAUCAAGAUAUCAAUAAAAUUCUUCAUCUGUUGGAAAAAAUAGUGUCAAGUUCUACAUUUGGCCUCAUAUUCAUAAAGCAACCUGAUAUGUUAGAUGGCGUAGUUGGCAAUAUAAAGGAAGAAUUCAAAAAUAUGGUCGAUAAUGAUUCCCUGAUUAAGGUCUUGAUUUUAUUGACUAAUAUAGAGGGAUAUGGACAUAGCUUGAAUGAAGAUAUGGAUGCGAUAUACCAAGACUCGAUGAAUACAAUCUUGAACGGCAUUUACCCAUUAAUCGAUACAAAAGUCGACAUCAUUCUGUUACAUUUAGGGCUAUGCUUAAACAUUUGCGGUAGAAAAAGUAGUUGUUUGAAAAUUGAUGAAAAAUUAUGGCGUAAUAUGAAAGCUACUUUUGUAAAAAUGAUCCUUGAUGAUUCUGAGGUUGAAAAUAGACUGACCCAAGGUUUGUUUUAUCUAAAUUUUGCAUUUGUAGUUAACCAACAAAAAGAUGGCGAUUUAAAUUCGAAAGAUCUCAACAAGCUGUUGGUAGAAUUGGAAGCAUUUAAAUUAGAAACCUCACAAUUUAAUGUAGGUAUUUCAAAUAAAAUUGAAGCCGCAUUGCAUUACUUAAAGUCGGCCUAUAAAAGGGGAAGAAGUACUAGUUAG